CAAGCAUUUACGAAACGAUUUAACAGCGUUUCGCAUGCGAAGUAUACCAAACACAAACCAAAUAUUGUAUCAGAAAUGAAAUGUUAUUUAAGACCUGAAGCGCCUCGCACAAAUCACUUCAUACUUGGUGUUCUUAGAGUGAAGACAUCCGGAAUCGGAAGAAAAGCAAAUAAACAAUAUUUAUAGCGUAGUUAUAAUAAUGUUUGUGUAAAGAUAUAAAUAAAGUGAUCGGAGAAUAAACACUUAAUUUGAAUCAUGAAAUACUAAAUCUCUUAUGUUAUGAAUUAUAUUUUUUUACAUGAAAAUGAUAGUACAGAAAACCAACUAAUUGGUAAAAAAAAUAUUGUUAUAUUCGUAGGAAAAUUUGUAAAAAGUGAAAAGAAAAUAUGAAUAUGGUGCUCCUUAAAUGUGUUGUCUUUACCCUGUGCAUUCUGUUGACCAUUUUGGGUCAAGUUAAUGGUCACUUAUUGAAGCGUGGCGCUUCCUUUAUGGAUGACGAUGCUACCGUUCGCACCGAAAUUGUCGACCGCAAUAAUCGUACAAUUUUGGCUAGAUUCAACCUAACGGUAGCUCAAAUGAACAGUAUUAUGCAGAGCCAAAAUCCAAAUAAUGAAGAUCGCGCUGGUCAAGAUGCCACACAACGCUUUCAUGUUAUCAAAGAGUUUCGUAUUAAUGAUAUAAAGAAUCGUUUGCAAUCAGCUUUCCAAGCAAGUAAUUCAGAUGAGACUCAAGGUCACCCAUUGCACGAAAUAGCAGCAUACCCCAUAUGCAACUCAGAGUCUACCGAAAGCUCCUGGAUGCAUGACAACAACGUGACAAUUCGAUUUUCUGACAGUCUUUUUGAACCAAAGCGUGACAAUUUGAAUCUGGACAGCGCAAUACUUCGGCUAUAUAAAGUCAAUCCAAACAAUACAGACGAUCCCAACGCAUUAAACGACGAUGGUGACAAAGAGACUAAAACCUGUGGUGAUCCUCUAACGCUAACUCCACAAAUACGUGUUACAGUUUCCAUUGUACGACAAUUGCGCAGAAACAAGCGAGAACGUAAGAAGCAUAUUUGCAAUACAACAAUGAUGAAUAUAUCCAAAACCGGGUGGGUCGAGAUUGACAUCAGGCGCGCCAUAUACAUUUGGGAAAGUGUCGAACGCCAACAGCAGCAGCAAUCUCGCCAGCAACCUAUUCAAAUUGGCUGGUUGAUGAUCGAAGUACAUGACGAAGAGGAGAAUCCACUCAAGCCGGGACUGUUUUUCAAUCCACCCAAAUGUGAUCAGGCAGAAUUUGCAAUCCCGUGGAAUUACUACGGACCGCACACGUCUAUGUCUCCUUUUGCAGCGCACGAAGUGCCAAGAUAUCCAAGAUUAGAUGUUAAAUUGAUAGGAUAUGCAUCAUUUGCACCAAAAAAUAUUAAAAAAGAAGUUCACGACAUGUUGCGUGGAAACUUACGACGACAAUUAUUUAACCACUCUAAGACCUCUGAGGAAGACUUCCAACCGGAUGAGCAACAUUCUACAUCAGAAAAAACUCUGACCGCUGAUAAUCUAUUCCAAUUGUCCACAUCGAGUGAUGCGGAACCUAAGCACAGCGCAAAAAAACGCCAAUCCGACCAAAAUAUUGCCCUUCAAAGCUUUCACAUAGCUUAUCACGAUCAUAACCAUCGUAGUAAUAAGCGUAACCUACGUGUGAACAUUGAAAAGCAGGAUAACCGAUUAGCCACCUCGAAACAAAAGGCUCAUCUUGAAUCUAACCAAUCCCAAAAUGGUAGUCUACAAUUUAAAGUUUAUAGUCGACACAACACUCAUCGACGUACUCACCAUUCUCACAAACAACAUCAGCUACAUCCCGAAUAUUCUAUAACUUAUCCUGCCUUUUAAACGAAAGUAGUAAUCCAAAGAAUUAUCCCAUCCAUGAACCGCUUAAAACAUUACACACAAAAUCCAUAAGCAUGUAAUGUGUAAUCUUCCCUGUUCAGUAGGCCGUUUAACUUAAUUAGAUUUUAACACUUACAUACAUAUAUACAUAAACUUAGAAGCAUAGGUUAUAAGUCUAUUUAAAAAAUCUUCAAAAGAAUUCACAUCGACAGUAACACACACAAAUAUGAAUUUAAUUUAUGCAAUACGCAUCAAAUCUUAGUGCCCAAACAGUCACCGACAUUCCUCCCUUCCUUACUUACCACCCGUAUCAAACCAAAUUUGUCAAAAGUUAUGCCCGUAGUUACAACGCAGAAAUGAGUUGUUCUCUUUUGUUUUCAUUACACCAAUGUUGCCAUUGUUCAAUUUGUAUACACGAUUUUUCACACAUUUGGUUUUUAGUUAUAAUUUUUCUUAAUGUAAAAGCUCAAAGCUAAAAUCCAACUAUUAAAAAUAGUUUACCUAUUAAUAAAUAAAUGUUUAUAAAUAAAUGUAUUCGACUGUGAUUUUGAGUUAUUUUAAGAAUAUUUUAAAUAUAUUCAAGUUCAUUUUUUUAUUACUACAAAAUAUCGAGAUUGACAACCUGCGUUACAAGAGAUUGCUCUCUCACUCUCAGUUCACCCGUUUCUACGGGAAAAAUCCGGUCUGUUGAAACGGACGGUAGUAGCGGUGGUGACUGAUCAUUAACAUUGCGCUCUCAUAAGAUAGGUCGUAUCAGCUGAUUCGGAACACGGUUUUGCCUCGGUGACUGUUUGUGCCUUUACAUUCAUUCAUAAAUACAAACGCUCCCAGUACCAACAGUCCAUAAGAGAUGAUUAGAUGAUUCAAAAGGCAUUACUCAAGAUUGGUAUUUACAUAUCGCCUCUGCCGCAACGAAUAGAAUAAUAUAGUUUUCUUUAGAGACUGUGAUUUUUGUAGUUUUGGCUUCUAUAUAUUUAUAUACUAAAACAAGUUUUUUGUUUUUGUUUUAAAACACAAUAUUUAUUUUUACAAAUUAGUUUACUUAUGUAACUUUGUUUACAAAUACUUUUUUAGUUAUUAUCCAUAUUAUUUAUUGCAUUUUAUUGUCUCAAACUAAUGUGACAUAAACAUAUGAACAUAUGAUGCUCUUUUCGUAAUGGAAGUGAAAAAUAUGUAUUCAAUAUAUACUUAAAAUAUUAUGUGAAUUUCAUAGAGAAACGAAAUUAAAAUUCUAGUCCUUGCUAGAAGAAACUAUGCAGAAAAAAAUAUUUACCUUCAUUUGCAAGUAAAUUUUUUUCAUAAUUUUAAACAAAAAUAGUUGUAUGACUAUGUGUAUGUACGUGAACAUAUUUAUUAUAUACAUACUUAUAUAUGUAAUUAUAUCUCAACAAAAAAUUGUCUUUAAUAUGAGCAUACACGUAUUACUUUCAAUAUGAUACAGUUCGAAACGAAAUAAUAAAUAUAAUAAAAUAAUAGCAGACAAUUCAAUGUUGUUAAAUUUAGAUCCGUACAACCUUUAAAACGAUUAGCAUUAUUUUUCAUCAUUCCAGGCGACCUCUUCAAAGGUCAUAUCCUUUGCGACUAAUUCUUGAUUCGUCGCACUUUUGCAGGGAUGGUACUAUUUAUUUUAUAUAUACAUAUAUGGCAUAUGAAAAUGAUAUUUUGAAUUGCCAAUCUUCACAUUUCGCCAUUAUUUUUCUUUAUAUGCCUAAGUAUAUGUACUACAUACAUUGAGUUACGUACAUCCUAUAUGUAUGUAUAUGAUGACAAAAAUUUCUUAUUUCAAAACGUUUAAUAAUUGUACUUUACUUAAGUUACUUAGCCUAUAUAAUACCUGGACAAAAACGAAAUUUUUGUUAAAUAAUUAUUAAUUAUACUUGUAGUCAGUGUUAUAUAACUAUGCAUUAAAUAAAUGGCAAACUAAUCGGAAAUUUUUCCGUGAUAUGUAAAAUAACGAAGUAAUUAACAUUCUGUAUAAUUCGAAUGUAGCUAACUAUCAAUAAAGCAAAAUAAAUAAGCGCAAGUGUAUUUA